AUGCCCAUAUGUGGUAUCGAAGUACGGUUACCAGUCAGUCUGAAGCCAUAUCCUUCACAAAAACUCAUGAUGGUUCGCAUAAUAACUGCAUUGACGAAGAGACUGAACCUGUUGGCUGAGAGUCCCACUGGAAGUGGAAAGACCAUGGCACUGCUAGCAUCGAGUUGUGCUUGGUUAGAAGAUUACAAAAAGAAGCGACAUGAGGCUAGAUCUACUUGCCCAAUCCACAAAGCUAAUAAUGAGGCUGAUCCUGUGAUGGGUGAGUACAUCGCAUGA